CCGCCCCGCUCCCCGCCCGGCUCCCCGGGACGCCCCGGCCCCGCGCCCUCCUGGCGGCCGCGCGAUGCUGUGCUUCCUGAGGGGAAUGGCCUUCGUGCCCUUCCUCCUGGUGACCUGGUCGUCCGCCGCCUUCAUCAUCUCCUACGUGGUCGCGGUGCUGUCGGGGCACGUGAACCCCUUCCUCCCGUACAUCAGGGUCGGGAAGCCGAGUUCACACCCACAGCCGUCCCAGGCUGUGUCACCCCAGGUCUCUGGGCGCCCGGCCGAGAUCCCUCGGGGGACCGCGCCCCCCAGUGAUACGGGAACAACACCUCCAGAGAGUGGGAUUUUUGGAUUUAUGAUAAACUUCUCUGCAUUUCUUGGUGCAGCCACGAUGUACACGAGAUAUAAAAUAGUGGAGAAGCAAAAUCAAACCAGCUAUUUCAGCACUCCUGUUUUUAACUUGGUGUCGCUAGUGCUCGGCUUGGUGGGCUGUAUCGGAAUGGGCAUCGUGGCCAAUUUCCAGGAGCUGGCUGUCCCGGUGGUGCAUGACGGCGGCGCCCUCCUGGCCUUCGUCUGCGGUGUGGGCUACACACUCCUGCAGUCCAUCAUCUCUUACAAAUCGUGUCCCCAGUGGAACAGCAUGUCCACAUGCCAUGUGCGGAUGGCCAUCUCCGCUGUGUCCUGUGCGGCCGUCGUCCCCAUGAUCGCCUGUGCUUCACUAAUUUCUAUAACCAAGCUGGAGUGGAAUCCGAAAGAAAAGGAUUAUGUGUAUCAUGUGGUGAGUGCGAUCUGUGAGUGGACAGUGGCCUUUGGUUUUAUAUUCUACUUCCUAACAUUCAUCCACGAUUUCCAGGUAGGUGUUUACCGAUUCAACGGUCAUGAACCGCUGACAAUUAGGGUUAGGAGAACUCCAGAGAACAUUUCUGUCACUUAAGAAAAGGUGUCACCCUCAGGAUAUCCACAGAGAUCAAUGACGACAUUUGAAGAAAGAAGAAUCCUAUGUCAGUCAGUGAGCGUUGCAGACAAUUUCUGGAAGUGGUAGGGAGGACAGACAGGGUGUUAAUGUUGCCCUGAGUGAAAUGUACCUGAGGUACAUCCAGGACUUGAAUUUCUUUAAGGAUUCCCAAUAGUUGUACUAUUUCCAAAGGUAUGUUUUCCUUGAGAAUGCAUUUAUGACAUUGUAGCAAUGUUUUUAUAAUUUUCUAAGUAGACACUUUUUUUUUACCUUUAACAAGUUCAUUACAGAAGAGAUAAGGUGUUACAGAAAACGGAGAGCUCUUAUUUUUGCACAGAUUCUGUCUUGUGUUUUCUUUGUGUGUGAGUGAUUCACGGGAAUACACUGAGGGGUUCACUAACAAGUUAAAUCAGGGCCUAUUUGUUUUUUACGUUUUAUUUUUAGAAAAUGGACCAUCUGAUUUUAUACCAUGAGAACAUUUAUGAAGCUUGAUUUUUAAUGAUCAUAAAGAUUUAGUUCACAAAUCAACACUAACAAGGAUACUCUGAUUUUUAAGCGGACUCAGCACGGUGCUUCUACCGAAAUGCCUUUCAGUCUCCGGUUCUCUGUACACACCGGCUCUAAACGAACCAGAAGACUCAGGUUCUAGACUCCGGCCCGCGGGCCUCCCUGCUAAGGAGCCGCAACUGUUGCCCCGGCUACCAGGGGCCACUCCGCAGUGGGCCAGGUCCCGGGGGAGGGGGGGCGGGUGGCUUCGGCUGGCCAGAAUCCAGAAGCCUGUAACAGCAAUGAGGCGAGGGGACCCCCCUGACAAGGGAAACCCCACUGGGGGCUGCGUGUCGUCGUGGCCAAGGAGGGAAGUAUCCCAGGGACCCCCUGUGGAAGGCGGGGUGUGGGCCGAGGCCUCGGGCUGCCCCAACCUCCUCGAAAGCCACUCUGCGGGAAGCGUUAGAAAGGCCAUGCGGGACGCCACCACCUGCCGUCGCCGGCAUUCGGUGAUCGCCGGGUCUGAGUCCGGGAGCACGCUCAGUCUUGAACCGCGUUCACGCCACUGAAGCUGCGGACAGGAGCGUCGGCCGAGGCGGGGAGGAGGCGGCGCGCACGGCCGUUCGCGGCUCCUCCGCCGGCCGCCGGUGCUUCCCGCCCACGGUGCAAGGGACACAGGGAGGAGGCCUUUCAGAGCACCGAGGGGCCUGCAGUGUGCAGGCGGGAGAGGAGGCCUUCCUUCGAAGACCCCGCAGAGCCCGGAUCCGCCCCCGGCCCCUGAGGACCUGCGCCAGGGGCCGGGGAAGCGGACGCCGCCGGCGGAUCGCGCUGUCGGGACGAAGCAGUCGCAGCCCGCGCGGCCCGACCCACCGCGGGCCCCGCGGCCUCCGCGGCGGGAAGCCCGUAGCACGCUCAGCCUGCGGCCCCAGCCACACUGGCGAUGACAGCGAACCAAUAGCCUCCUUACGGCGAAGAUGCGGGAUGGCACGUUCCCGCCAUGCAACCACGGGAGGGGGACUGCACGCGCCGUCUCCUGUCACACGGACCCUCCGUACCCGCACUUCACGGCAGGCCCCAUCGUACUUCUUUCCCGCACCGCUGCGGCAGGGCCCGGGGGCUCCUUGAGGGUGCAGUAUGGGUCGUAAUUGUCACCUUCGUACCCCGGCGUUCACCGGGGUGCCUCCGGGUGCACAUGGGUGCUGAAUGCAUGGACGCCUGCGUGAGCGGAGGAAGGAGGGGCGAGGGGCGCUGCAGGACUGCGGCCGGAGGUUCACACUGGCUCCGCGGGUGGCGACGAUGUGUAGUGUGUGUGACCUCAUCGCUCUCACUGUUGUGCUUUGUGCACCGUGGACAUUGCACGCUCGGGCUCCCCCGCUCGGCGACAGGUCUCUCCAGCCUGGAAUCCUUCGACGGGCUCCGCACGGCGGUGCCCCUGGCUUGACAGGCUGAGGACGCCCCAGUCCCUCGGUCGCGCCACUCUGCUGACUCCGUGAACCUCCAAAGCUGCUCCGAUCCGCGCGUCCGUGUCAUUGCUCGGUUCCAUGCAUUUGCUUCUCCUUGGGCCUCACGGGGAAAGAGUAAAAUAAAAUGGAAUAUUUCUGUGUUUUAGCAA